CAAUGCUCCCGGGCCCGUGCAGGGCGCCCGCGCUGAUUGGUCAGAGGGGUGUCUGUGAUUGACGUGUGGGUUCCAGCGCGCCCGCUGCCGGGGUAACGGGAUAACGGACGGGGAGCGGCUGGGCGCCGGGUGCCCUGCAGGUGCGUGGAAUACCAUGAGUUUAGCAGAAAUUUAUGAUAAUGUGAAGAAAGGGAGAGAGUAUGCCCUUUUAGGAAACUAUGAUUCUUCAAUGGUUUACUACCAAGGAGUGAUCCAGCAGAUUCAGAAGCACACUCAUUUAAUACGUGAUCCAGCAUUAAAGGUGAAAUGGUUGCAGGUGCGGCAGGAGUUGGUUGAAGAGUUUGAGCAGGUGAAGAGCAUUGUGAACACUUUGGAAAGCUUUAGGGUAGAGAAACCGACAACUGAUUUCUCUGCACCUCAGCAAGAUGAGCCUUCCAGGGAUCCCAGCAUUUGGCCACCACCUAUUCCAGUUGAGCACAGAACUCCUUUGAUGAAGAGGCAAAAUCGUGAGGUUAAAUGCUUGCGCAAAGAGUCGCCGGUUGUCCAGGCACGAGGAGUUGUAGGUCGAGGUCAGCAGGCUGGUAGAGCUGAAAAGCCGAGCAGCAAAUACACGGGCGAUUCCAGAGUUAGAGGGAAAGAUGACAAGGGUAGAAGAAAUCCACAUGAAGCAGCAGGAGAUGCGGAUGGGAAGAAAUUUGAUGGAACUGGUUAUGAUAAAGAUCUAGUUGAUGUACUGGAGAGAGAUAUAAUAUCCAGGAAUCCCAAUGUCCACUGGGAUGAUAUCGCUGAUUUAGAAGAUGCUAAAAGGCUUUUGAGAGAAGCAGUUGUGUUACCAAUGUGGAUGCCAGACUUUUUCAAAGGAAUAAGGCGACCAUGGAAGGGGGUCCUAAUGGUUGGACCACCAGGAACAGGUAAAACUAUGCUUGCCAAAGCUGUGGCUACAGAGUGUGGUACAACGUUUUUUAACGUGUCCUCCUCCACGUUAACUUCCAAGUAUCGGGGAGAAUCUGAAAAAUUGGUUCGGUUGUUGUUUGAAAUGGCUCGAUAUUAUGCGCCGACAACUAUUUUCAUCGAUGAAAUUGAUUCCAUCUGUAGUCGCAGAGGUACUUCUGAUGAACAUGAAGCCAGCCGCAGAGUCAAAUCAGAGCUGCUCAUUCAGAUGGAUGGUGUGGGGGGUAGUUCAGACAAUGAGGAUCCAUCAAGAAUGGUAAUGGUUUUGGCUGCCACAAAUUUUCCAUGGGAUAUAGAUGAAGCCUUGAAGAGAAGACUGGAAAAAAGAGUGUACAUUUCCCUGCCAACAGCAAGUGGAAGAGCAGAACUGCUGAAAAUCAAUUUACGAGAGGUAGAUGUUGCUUUAGGUGUUGAUGUUAUAGUAAUUGCUGAGAAGAUGGAAGGUUAUUCUGGAGCAGACAUCACAAACGUAUGCAGAGAUGCUUCCAUGAUGGCAAUGCGCCGACGAAUUCAAGGACUGUCCCCAGAGGAAAUCAAAGCCUUAUCCAAAGAGGAAUUACAAAUGCCUGUAACAAUGGAUGAUUUUGAACAGUCUCUGAAGAAAAUCUCCAAAUCAGUUUCUGCUUCCAGAUCUUGAAAAGUAUGCAACAUGGAUGGCUGAGUUUGGUUCAGUGUAAUUCUUCAAAGUAAAUCACCUCAUAAAAUGGAUGGCAUUGAGUAAUAUGUACUGUGUGAAGUCUUAGAGCAAUGAAAAUUAAGUUUGCACAUUUGGGUUCAUAAAAUAGACAGCAUUGACAAGUUGAGCCUUGAAAAUCAGUUAUACAUUAAUGCUGACUGGAUACAUACAAUUAAAGCACUUUAUUCUACAAAUAAUUAAACUAACUGACAUGUUUUCAGUCAAGGUGAAGUUAUGUCAAAUUAUUUAAUUGUGUUAACCUAAACAAAAUGAACUAUAGUUUUGCCCCUUUAUUCAUGUUGGAGAACUUAUUAGUUACACCCCAAUUUAAAACUCUGCUGCAUAUCAAUAACACUUUAUCUUCCUCUUCCACAAGUUAUCAUUGGAUUAAUUUCAUGAUUCUGUGCAUUGCUUUGUUGGAUGGUUGAAGUGUACACCGUUGUUAAUAAUCGUACAGUGCAUUGCAAAAGAAAUGAUACAGUUUGGGCAUCAUACAUGGACGAAACCACAUGACUAUGUUCAUUUAUCAAGAACCAAACUAAUCAUUUGCAAAGGUAAUAGACCUGAUUUUCCCAUGAACAAAGCUUUAAAGAAGUUGCAUCUUAAAAAAAAAAAAAGAUGCAGCACAGGACACUGUUAGCACCACCUGUACACAAUAAUUAAUUUUAUCAUUUUAUGGAAAUAUAUUGCCUGUAAGAGCUUCAUUCAUGUACAUGCGUAUCUUCGGAUGAGGUUGACGUUUCCCCCCCCCCUGUGGCCCAUGUUAAACAAUGAUUUUCAUUUCCAAAAUUCCAGUUUAAGUUUCUAAUUUAUAUUUUGGCUCUGCACAAUAAUAGCAGGUUAUUACUUCUGUCCUUAUCCUAUUGACCUUGAACCCAAUUUUGUGUUUACAAUUAACUUCCUGACCAAGUUUACAAGAGUUUGAUAUUGGCUAUUCUCCAUCCAAAGGUAUAAAAGGGAUACAAGACAUCUAUGACAACACUCCAUUGCAAUUGUAUUUAAUCUUCAGGAAUAUUUAGUUUUCUUUGAAUUACUUUACUUUCAUAUACCCUGGCAUUGUAAAGAUAAUGGUUUAACAUAUUGUAUGCUAAAUUAUGAAUAACCAAGCCUAAUAAAAAAAAAUCACCUAUACUAACCGUUGAUACAGUAAAUAGAUUUGUUACAGGCCGUUUUAUAGUAAAGAGAACUAACUGGUACUUCCAAACUUCGCCAUUUGGCUCAAUAGAGAUGUAGAUGUGAACACUUACUUAUUAUCACUUAGUGAGCUGAGCUGAUUAGUACAAGUAACUAAUAGUAGCCUUAACUUAGGGUUGGAAACACAAACAAUGCACAAGAACAGAAGUUAUUGAGGAAUUUAAUUUUUCCAUUGUUUUACUAUGAUGAACAAUGGGCAGGAAUAUCUUGUAGCAUUCACAAUUGUUCCAAUUCAUUAAUUCACUCAGUGCUGAACAAUAUGAUUGGUUUAGUUAAGCUUGUUAAGUGGAAUGGUGAUGUAACAUUAAUAAUUCAGUAUUAUAUUUUAGUUUUGAGCAUUCCUUUAGUACUUGCACUUUUUGUUACAAAUAAUAGAAACAGGGAUGCUAAGGUUUUAUGUCAGGUUAUAUUGCCUGUAUGAAGCAUUACAUGUACUAUUAUGCUAAAGACCACAUACUACUUGUACGUAUUAUUUAUGAUGUACUUUUGGUUAUGGAACAGUUCUAAAUAAAUUUUUUGACAUUUGUGAAA